UCUUAAAUGUAUUUAUAAUCUUCCGUAGCUGAAGAAACAGUUUGCAGACAACAUAAAGUCUUUGUCUUCUUCUCUCUGUCACAUUGAUUUGUGAAAAAGAAGAGUGGCAGAGAAGAAACCCAUGGCUAUGGCGGAGAUGGCAAUGAAGUCUUCAGUAACUGCAAACCUCACUAUUCCUCCUUCUUCCUCUUCUUCGUCUUGUAAGAAGCGAGUGAGGCAAAUCUCUGUCGCACUUCCAACAACAACCUCAAUCUCUCUUCUAUCCGUCUUCUCAUCUCCUCCUCCUGAAGCCAAAGCUGCCGUUUCCAUUUCCAAGGACCAGAUCGUCUCCUCUCUCACUGAAGUGGAGAAAACAAUCAACCAAGUUCAAGAAACAGGUUCGAGUGUUUUCGACGCAACGCAGCGUGUUUUCCAAGUAGUAGGAGACGCACUCAAACCAGCCUUGGACACUGCUUUGCCCAUCGCGAAGCAAGCCGGAGAAGAGGCUUUGAAGCUUGCCACUCCCGCUUUCUCAGAGGCUUCCAAGAAAGCUCAAGAAGCAAUGCAAAGCUCUGGUAUCGAUGCGGAGCCCGUCUUUAAUGCUGCAAAGACAGUAACAGAUGUGGCCCAACAGACAACAAAAGCUAUCGAAGUUGCUAAGCCCAUUGCUUCAUCGACCAUGGAGACGAUAUCUUCAGCUGAUCCUAGUGUCAUUGUUGUUGCUGCUGGCGCUGCGUUCAUUGCUUACCUUCUCCUUCCUCCUGUUUGGUCUGCUAUAUCUUUUAACUUCCGCGGUUACAAAGGUGACCUCACACCGGCACAAACACUUGAUCUUCUCUGUUCCAAGAACUACAUAAUGGUGGAUAUAAGAUCAGAGAAAGAGAAGGAAAAAGCUGAUCCUCGUCUCCCUUCAAAUGCUAAGAACAGUAUGAUCGCUAUUCCAAUAGAAGAGCUGCCGAACAAAGUAAAAGGAAUUGUGAGGAACUCGAAACGUGUUGAAGCAGAAAUAGCAGCGUUAAAGAUAUCUUACCUCAAGAGAAUCAACAAAGGCUCCAACAUCAUCAUCAUGGACUCGUACUCGGACUCUGCUAAAAUUGUGGCGAAAACCUUAAAGGUUCUCGGGUAUAAGAACUGCUGGAUCGUGACAGAUGGAUUCUCUGGUGGCAGAGGAUGGUUGCAGAGCCGGUUAGGCACUGAUUCUUACAACUUCUCGUUCGCACAGGUCUUGUCUCCAUCGAGGAUUAUCCCGGCAGCUUCUAGGUUCGGUACUAGAUCAGGAACCAAGUUCCUUCCUAGCUCGGACUGAAAACAAAGAAAAACAAGAGAAUGUGUAUCAUUAGCUAAAGUGUUGUUUUUAUAUUCCUUUUUAUUGUAAGAUUAACUUUAAUGAUUUCAAUAAUAAAAUCUAUCCCAAGUUCA